AUGAAUAACAGUCAACAAACAUUUACAAGAGAUGAAUUAAUCGAGUUUACUAAAGAUAAACUCUUUAAAAUCUGUCUAGAUAAUAAUAUAAAAGUAUCAAAAAGUACAAAUAAAUCAUUAAUAAUAGAUCAUAUCAUCAAUUUUAAAGAAGAAAAAGAUCGUUUACAAAAGAAAUUAAUCGAUGACAAUCCUUCGAAUCAGUUUCAUAGAGGUCAUGUUGAAUAUAAACUUCCAGUGAUGAUCAUCACCAAGAUACUUCAAUUAAGUUGGAACAUAUCAACCUCCGAUCGCUAUAGUCCUUUAUUCUCAUACAGAGAAGCAUUAAAACUGACAUCAAUCAACAAAUCUUCAGAAAUGGUCGAUCAUAUCGAUAGACUUACUAGUGUAUGGUGUCCAAUUAAACAUAUCGUUAAAUUGAUGAUCAACACCCACAUGUUUGAACAUUUAAUGAAACAACAGUCUGCUCAUCUUACUCAUAUUCUAUCAACAGUCGAAAAGCUACAUAUUCAUCAUGAAAAAGGUAGCGGACGUUUAUCAAUGACCAGCAUUCAGUUCUUAGGAAUCACGGCCAAACCUCGAUCGCUCCACCUCCGCUAUAUAAAUUUAGAAUAUAAAGAAAUGAAUGCAAUCUGUUCAAUUAAAUCACUUAGAAAGCUAGAGAUUUGGCACAAAAAAGAUUGUUCAGACUAUUUCGCAGUGUUAUGUAAAGGUUUACCAUUGCUCGAAUCACUCAAAUCGCAUACUUUUAAUAUCAGUUGUAUUCCAAAGUCAAGUCGCUCAGCAAUUAAAAAGCUUUCAGAGGUUUGCUUGUAUGAAACCGAUGAAACCUUUGAAUUCCCAAAUCUCCAAAUGCUAACUCUCGCAAACUACACCCCAAUAUCUACCGAUACCCAGUUCUCUAGAUAUUUCUCUCAAUCCAACAAUAUCACAUAUCUAUCGAUCUAUUUGAAUAGUUACGGAACUUUCGAUCAUUGGAUACCAAUCAUAAUACAAUUAAAGAGUUUAGUCACUCUCGAGGAUUUAGCACGACAUAGUCAAAGAGACGGUGUGUUAUUCAACUCCAAACUUAAAGAUAUAAUACUACCAGCAUCGCUCUCUCGAAUCAUCAUUUCCACCAAUGAUAUCUUUGAAGCAAACAACUAUUUGAUUGAUAUUGGAUAUCAACAUUCCCAAGAUAUUACUCUUUUAGGCUAUUACAGAAAAAUGAUUUUUAAUAAAUUAUCUAAAUGUUCUUGCUUUUCAAAUAUUUUAUCUUCUAACAUUUUUUCUAAUAAUUUUAUUUGUUUUUCUACACGUGCUGUAAAUAAAUCAUUAGAAUCAUAA